AUGGGCAACGCAGCCUCAGCCGAGCGCGCUGCUGCUCCACGCGACGCCCACCGGCUCACCAAGCCCCGCACCUAUAACCCCUCGCCCUCGCCCCAGCUCGGCCCUCAAUCAGCCCUCUCCAGCUUCGACGCCGACGACGUUGUGUGGACUUCUGCCGGCUCCUUCCGCUCCAAGCAGGACGCCCGUCAGCAGAUCCGCAUGCAGCUUUUCGGUCCCCACGAGCAGGACGCCGAUGACGACGCAAUUCCCGCCGACAACGUCGACCGUCUGUCUCAAUCCGGCUCCAAUCCUCCCGAUCCCGCUCCCGCCAUGAACGAGCGUACCGUCGACGUCGACGCCGCCAUUGCCAUUCUGCAGGAGCUGAAGAAAAGCGCCACGCCCGACCAGCUCGUGGCCUUGCACAAGGCCCUCCUCCCCACCAAGGAUGAGCUGCCUGCCGUGGACACGAGCAACCAGGCCCCUCCAAAGCUCGCCCGCCGCAGGUCAAUGGCCGUGCCCGGCCUCGCCACUCGCAACCCCGCCGAUGUCUUGCGCAGAAGAGACGACGAGACUCCGCUCGGGAGCUUGGAGCAGCCCGGCCCGUCCGCUCUGACCCGCACCGCUUGCCUGGACCCCCCGCAGGACCAUCACUCGGACCACCGCGCCCAAACCCCUGGGGAAAUGGACUAUGCUACCUUGACAAACAAGAUAGGCACCCUCAUGAUCACCAACGGCGCCCCGUCUCCUGCUCCAAGCAUCAUCUCACGCCAUCUCGACCGCAGAACCUCCCUGCCAGAGCUUCACCAGGAAGAGUAUUUUGCCAUGGCGUGUGGCCCUCCAGCCAAUCCAGGGGAUUCUGCCAACAUUCGCGGCCCGCUUCGCCGGUCCGAAACGGUUGGCCCUUCUUCUGCGUAUGCGGAGCUCGACGCCCAGUCGACUGAGAUCCCGAGACGAUCGAGAAGGUCGCGAGUGCCCAGCGAGUUGAUGCUCCAGCGCCCAUCCACCCCGGAACCCGAUCCCCAGAAGGUGCCGAAGCUCUCUGCAGAUGACUACAUUGCCGAACUGCAAGCCUCGCCGUAUGGACAAAGCCCUUUCAGCCGUGCCACACCAUCGCCAAGGCCCCCUGAGAGUGUCGACGACUGCUACCACGACCAGACCGAAGCCGAGAAGUUCAGGGCAGAAGCCUUGCGAAUCCUCGAUGGAAGUGUAGCCGCCGGCCUGACGCCGAGCGAGCGGCAGCCCAACCAGGGCUACGACCAAAGCGCUCCGCAAAUCAGGCUGCAGCGACCUGCUCAGGCCCUUCACUCCGACUCGGGAUAUUCGUCAGGCACUAGCCUCAAAGCCAUGCAAUUUUCACAAUCGCAAGCUGGCAGUUCCAUGGCUCACUCCGUCUGUAGCGAUGAGGCCACCACAACAGUGCCGUCUACGCCUGUCGGGCGACAAAACGACCAGGCUUUUGAUGAACCCGCGGACGCUGCAGACGGGCGUAGCCUCUACACAAUCAAUGUGAUGCUGGCUACGUCUCCUCAGAGGAAAAAAAUGGAGAACACGGAACAGAAGAUAGAAGCUGAGCCGAAGGUCGAGUCAAAAGCAGAGACAGAUGCCGACACUAAGUCUAGCUGGAGGAGGUCUCUCAGACGAUCCAAGUCGUGGAAACGGAUGUCUUUGCGAGAUUUGACUUCCACAUCUCCGUCGCCAACUCCCAGCAUUCCCAGCGACAGUGGCACUAAAGAACCGACCCCAGGACCACAGAUGCCCCAACGCCACGAUUCGGCCAUGGAGCAAACUUCUACCGAAAAGACGGCGUCGCAAUCAACCCGGAAAAGGCUGCAGAAGCGCAAAUCGACGAACACGCAACCAACCGUGCAAAGCAUUAAGCCCAUUGAAACGGGCAGCAUUCCGAAUGUCCCUGAGGAUCUUGCUGUCGGCUACUCCAAGAGGAUAGAGGAUUCCCCCGGGUUUGGCCACUUGGAGCACACCUGUGUCUCGCAGACCGGCCCGGUGGAGCAAUCUGCUGACUCCAUCCGCUUUCCGUCACCAGCAUCUACUGAAGACGCGGGAGACACUCUCUCCUCGUUGCCAAAGCAGAACAGCAAGCAGAAACGGUCAUCCAAACGUGUGAGUUCGCCCUCCCCACUGAAGCAGGUCUUCAGCUUUCGCCGCAAGUCCAAGAGUACUUCGACUGCCCCUGAAGACGCGGAUGAGGAGGGGACGAAACCUGCUCUUGAUUCAUCUGUAAGAACUGGCUUGCAGGAGCCGGGUGAUUCUAGUGGUGUCGCCACGGUUUCUGACUUUGGCUCUGUUACACACUCGCUUGGCGGUUCGCCCUACGACAUUGCGCUAUCGUCACUGCCAGUCAAGCCACAUAUAUCUGGGUCCUCGGCUAUACAGCCGCACCACCUCAGCACCGCUCUGGUCAAGCCCUCCAAGAGCGGCCAGAACAUGGACGAUGCAACAGCAUCUGAAUACGCGCGCAUUCGUAGCAAGUACCGGGCUGAACAGAAAGAGAAGCGUCAGCAGAAGAAGCGGAGCGAGGAUGAGGAUAAGAAGCAGGACGAAGCCUCUUCCGAGAGCAGCAAGCCUCGUACUCGCCCCGCUAGUUACCAUGACCAGCAGCACCAGGAACAGCAGAAGCAGCUGCAGGAAACUCAACUGCCGUCCUCCAUCUCCCCAAUUCCCAACUUUUCUCGUCCGCAAAGCAUGGUUCCCAAGGUUUCGUCGGCUGGUUACGAUAGUGGAAAUAGCAGUACAACCGAGCUUGACAACAAGCCGCUCCCAGCAGAACCACACAAACCCACCGACAGGCCUGCGUACAGACCCUACCGCCGGGGUCUGUUGACCAAGUCUUUCUCUCAAUCUCAGCCACGCCUAACGAGGGCCGCUACCUUCGAUGUUCGUGAGGAGAAGAUUCCCGUUGAAGGCGAGGAAGGUCUUGAGAACGAAAUGUGCAAGGCGCCACUGGAGCGCAGGCACACAGACAAGCCAAUUUCGAUCGUUGGUGAUGCUAGGCCUUGCUCUGCAGAGGAAAAGAUGGUGGUGGACCUGGAGGAUGGUCUCGCGAUUGUCGAUGCGCGCACAGAAAACGAGGCGAAGGAGAAACGGCAACGCGAGCUCCCGUCUUCACUACGCAUCCAGACACACGGCUGGGAGCAGACAUCUAACUUCUGGCGCGAGCGGCGUGAGGCAUUUGGAAACCAGACUCUGGGCCACGAGCAGGCCCGAGGCGCAAAACCGAUGCACGGCCGCAGCAUGAGCGUCCAACACCGGAACCGCACGCAGCUCCUUCAGCGACCAGCUGCAAACCACCACCAGCACGCCCGUAGCCAAAGCCAGCAGGCUAUGCACUCCUAUUCUCAGUCCUCAUCUGCCAAUUCCUCGACCCGCGCGUCUCCCAGUAUCUCCCCCGCAUGGUCUCCAGUUCCCCAAGAGAUUUCCAGCCCGGUCAAGCAACUUCCCAACCCCUUCGCCGCUAACUCCGCUUCUGCGCGCACCAAAAAACGCUCUAGCAUCCAACGCUACUAUAGCACCCUGAACAGGAAGGACGCGCACCAGACGGAUGGAAAGAUGAGUGUAGAAAGCGUUGCAGAGGAGAGUGAAGAGAGGGAAGAAUCGCCAGCUGUGCCGCCAAAGUCUUCGAUACAAAUAAGUACGAAGACUAGCUACACGGCGGACCCGCGGGAAAAUGACUACUUUUCCCGGAAAUACGGGGUCGAGCUCGGGGAUGUGCCCGUGCUGACGAGUUCGAGGGCAGUCUGA